GUUUUUUUGCUGGAACCAAAACUUGGUGGGAGAGAAGAGGCAAUGGUGGCGCUGGCAUCGCAUUCAGACACCAAGAAGUACUGAAACUGAAACGACAAUUUCUGCGGCAAGAGAAAAAGAUGCAUUGCCGUAGAGGCAAGUCACCAGCCCAAAUUACGUCGAUUGAGUGUGUUGUCUGUAAAGUUUGAAUCGCGCCUCUUGCAAUUUUGACACUCUGCUGGUCGGUGGGGCACACCACCUUGCGGGCUGACUCGCUUACGUCAGUUGUUGGAAAGAAAAAGCUUUUUCCCCAAGCGUCGUCGCGCGCGUUCCGGCUCUCUCUCUGUUCGUGAACUCUCCUCACCACCACCACCACACACACACACAAGACCCAAAAGGAGGAGAAGAAGAAGACGAACAAGAAGAUUUCAAAAAGUAAAAAACCGUGUGUGCAUAUGUGAGCAAGUGCGUGUUGGUGUGUGUGUCUUGUGUUAAGUGUGAAUGUGUAUGUGUUCUACACAGUGUUAUCCAUUGUGAGUUUGUGCCCGACUUGGAGCGACGCGUUCAGCGUGGGAAUAAGAGGCCAAGUGUGCUUUAGCUGAAACUCUUCUUGCUCGAAAAGUUCUCUCGACUCGAGCGUUCUAUCGUGUUCCUCAACUGAAACUCACCUCUCUCAAGAUGGAACUGAACCAGUUGUGAGUUGAUCGUAACAAGCAGAAGACCAUGGCCAGCACCCAAGCUGAAGUGGAAGCUCCCAGAAAUGGGCCCGAGAUGAAGGAUCUGGAUGGACCCAACACCAACGGGGUGGAUGCUCAGAGGGAGAUGGAGACAAACAGUUCCAACGGGCCAACUUCCACCCCUGUCAGCAACAAUGGCUCUCAUGACAUGAACGAAAGUAGCAAAUUGCAAUCAGGCGGGGGUUACUACAAACCUCCUGUAGGAUAUCCUGUGGACUCCCCCGCUGCUGGCUAUGAAAAUGCCCAAUCUGGAUUUGGAUAUCCACCUCACAGCUACAUUCAUCAACAACAGCAGCAGGGUGAUUUGCAGCAGCAGGGCAGCUACCCGUACCCUCAGUAUCCAGGCAGCAACCUGGUUCGAAAUGUGUCCAGUCCUGUGCUAGCCACAAAACCAGUGGCUUAUAUGAAUUCCAUGCCCAGGCCUGGUGUUGGUCCUGUGCCGAGUUAUCCUCCAGUUCAUCAUGGUAGUGGUGCUGCUGGUGGACAGGGUUAUCCACCCUCAAGAUAUUCAACACCAACAUUAAACCAACUUCUUCAGCCUGGAUCAGGAGGGCCAGUGCAACGAUAUUCUUAUGGAGACUAUCCUCAACAGCAGCCACCACCACCACCAAAUUCGCAUCCAGCUGCUGGCUGGCCUAUGCAGCAGCAGCAGCCCAGGAAUUUUGCUCCUGGAUUCAAGCCUCCACCAAAUUCGAUGCAGCAGGGUGGAGGCGGAGGAUAUCCCUCGUACGGACCUGGUGCUCCCAUAGGACACGGAAUCCAGCAGCAACGAUACGCCGUGACGCCAAGUGGAGGAGGACCAGUCCAGCAGCAGCCGCCGCCAUCGCAACAGGAACCCAUCAAGGGCAGUGGCCCAGGAUCUGGGGAGACAUCUGCCGAAGCGAGUAACAGCGCGACCGCCGCUACUGCAUCCAGCAUCCAACGGAAUAGCAGCAGCCCGUCCACUUCGACUCCAACAGUCCCGACAACUUCCACGUCAACAGCCGCCGUCAGCAGCAGCAGUACGCCAACGACGAGCUCAUCAACGGCCGUCGCUUCGCCGGCUGUUGGAAGGCCUCCACCGGCCCCUUCACCAGCCAGUCGGUCCAUGUCCCCGGCCCUUGGACCGCCGAAUAGUAACAAUAAUAAUAACAGCCACGUUUCGCCCAGUCCGGGUAGCCAAUCGGACAAUAAUAAUAGCGGACCAGCGCGUAUGAGUCAUUCUCCCAUGGCAGCCCAAGGAGCGUAUCAGCAGCCGAUGCCACCUCCGCCGCAUGUUGGCAUGCCGUCGUACAAGAUGGGUGGCUCUCCGUACCAACAGCCGCAACAACAGCAGCAACAGCAGCCGAUGCAUCAUCCACAGCAGCAGCAGCCGAGUGGCCAGCCGCAACAACCACAGUACCUGCCCAAUCCAAUGUACAUGCAACAUCCGAGGCCACCCAUGGGACCAGGAGGCCCAAGUCCAUAUGGUCCAACUCCGGGAUCUUAUGGGCCGCAGCAUCAGCAACCUCCUCCCCCACCGCAACAGCCUGGUGCUGGAAUGCCACCUAAUAGCAACACCAGCCAAAAUCCCAUGCCACCCGCUAGCCCGGGUCCCAACCGAUCGAUGACCCCGCACAUGGGACCCCCAACACCCUACCCGGGAUACCCACCAGGUGGUCCCAACAUGAACCAGUACGGACAGCAACAACAACAACAAAACUGGGGACCGGCCAAUACGAUGCCUGGAGGACCUCCCGGUAGCCCUAUGCCUGUGCAUGGAGGCAAGGGCGCGCCGCCACCUUCCGGUCCACCUACUUCUGGGCCCCGACCUCCUGGCCCGUCUCAUACUCCGCCCCACUACAUGAAGCAGCACUUGCAACAUCAUUUGCAACAACAACAACAACAGAAAAUGUAUGGCAUGGCUUCGUCGCCCGGUCCAGCUCCCGGUCCUGCGCCACUUCAAGGGCCGCCGCAACCGCCUUCUCUUCCGCAAUCGCAACAACCGCCAACGCAACAGCAGCAGCAGCAGCACAUGGGGCCUUAUCCUCCACCACCUAGCAUGAACAAUGCUAGCAGCAUGACUGGUCAUCCUCCGUCAGCAGCUUCUCCUGUUACCAAUUUGGUGACGACAGGACCGGACGGUGUGGCUGGACUGGACGAAGCCUCUCAGCAAUCAACGCUGUCCAACACGUCGGCGGCCUCUGGUGACGACGUUUCGGCCCCUUCGACUCCACGUUCGCGCAAAGAAACCAGCUCGAUGCCAAUGACCCCGUCCGCCCAUCAUCCGCCCUUUUCUCAGCAGCCGCCGCACCAAAUGCUCAGUCACCCACCAACGCCGCAGAGCACCGUUCCCAGCCCGGGACCGGCCUCCUUAUCUUCCCAGCACGAAGAUUACAAUGACGUACAUAGUCCGGGUCCAGGUGUCGGUAACUGGAGUGUCUCUACGCGACCUACACCAUCUUCUCCGAAAACGUCGCAUGUUAGUGACGCGCUUGCGCGGAUGUAUGACUUUGAUGAUCAUCCUGAUCGAAGGAAGUUCCUCGAUCAGUUGCUGCGUUUCAUGGAAGAGAAGGGCAGUCCCAUUACGGCCUGCCCGACUAUAUCCAAGAAUCCGUUGGACCUCUUCCGUUUGUACCUGCUGGUUCGGGACCGUGGAGGUUUCGUGGAAGUGACAAAGAACAAAGUAUGGAAAGACAUCGCUCAGACGCUGGGAAUCGGUGCUUCUUCCAGCGCCGCCUAUACACUACGCAAACACUACACCAAAAGCCUCUUCCCUUGGGAGUGCAAAUUUGACCGAGGAGGCGUCGAUCCACAGCCCAUACUCAAUCAGGUGGAAGCCACAACCAAAAAGAAACCGGCUCCUAAAAUAAGUGUGCCCUCGCCGGCUGGAUCAUCCAACAGUCAGGAUUCGUUCCCGUCUUCUGGAGUGCCGCCUAUCCCGUCUAUGGAUGGCUACCCCAAUGCACACUAUCCUGGUUAUCCUCCGCCUCAUGCUGGAGAAAACAUUGCCGCAAGCAAUCCAUUUGAUGAUCAACAACACUAUGGUGGCAGAGGCGGCGGUGGACAUCCCGGCUAUCCGCCACACCAACAGCCUCCUCCCCCGUCUGCUCAGCAGCAACAACAACAUCAACAACAGCAACAACAGCAGCAGCAACAACAACAGCAGCAGCAGCAACAGCAACCUCCUUCAAUGUACAAUACAAUGGCUGGUAGACCUGGAGGAUAUCCUGGCCAUCCGGGUCAUCCCAAUCAUCCUAAUCACCCUGGCAAUCAUCCAAACCAGGGAGGAUAUCAUCAUCCGUACCAAAACGAGUACCCAAACCCAAACAACCAGCAGUAUCCUCCGUACGCGACUCCUCCAAAUCGAACAAUGUAUUCAGCGCCCUACCCGGAACCUUACAACCCUCAAGCGCCACCGAGUGGACAAGCUCCCCCUCCUGGGCCAGGCCCUGGGCCAUCACCUUCGGAUCCUUACGGCCGAUUUAUGCCUCCUAAUCACGCUCCAGGAGCUGCAACAGCAUCGGGGCCUUACCCUCCACGACCGCCUGUGCCUCCUACGGCGUCAACUAAUGUGUCGACACCCACGUCGACACCGAGUCCAAGUCCGGCGACGAUAGCCACUUCGACUUCUACGGGGUCACAAUCCGUACCCCCGUCACCCCUCGCACAAUCCAUGCAGCCACAACAACAACCGCUCGUUCAACAGCAACAACAAUCACAGCCUCCUCAGACGCAACAGCCGGGUAAUACCAGUGCUGGACCCAGUCCAGCUCCCAGUCCGGCACCCAAUGCGGGAACACCUGGUUAUCCAGAACAAACUGAUCCGUACCAGCGGAGUGGAUUGCGCCAAUUGUUGGCCUCGUCGACCUUGUUGGCUCCGCCUUCUUCUGAUAGACAGCCUGGUUAUCCGGGUGGAACCACACCAUCCAAUUUGGGUCCACCUGCUGGUCAGCCUUAUCCAGGACUCAUUCGACCGGGGACUCCUGGGCCGACUCCUUCAGGUAUGCCACCUCGCCAGUCGACACCCACUCCGACCGGUCUGAAUCCACCGGUUGGCGGAGUAAGUGGCGCAGUAGUUGGACCUAAUCCCAAUGCUCCUCCUACGCCCGGCGCCCCGAUUCAGCAACAACCAGGACCAGGGCCUUAUCCACCUUACGGCCCUCCUGGUCAGGCGCCCAACCAACCACGGCAACCUUCAUUCGAUCCUUACGGAUCUUACCGGUCACCUUAUGGUUUGGCCGGUUCCGGUGAUCUUACCUCAAGUGGUGGUGGUGGUGGAACGGGUGGAGUCAUGGGUUUUAGUAGCAAUCUUGCAACAGGCUGGAGGAAUAACACGCCGUUCGUAAACCAAUACCCACAGCAGGGCAAUAGUCCUGGCCCGGUUCAGACAGUCGGAGCUCCUUGGGUGCCACCAACUGGAACUCCCCAACCUCGAAAUCCGGCUUGGGAUCAAGCUCAAAGAUACCCUGGUCCUAUACCAGCCACUCCAGCUACCACUAUCAAUGGAACAAGCCAUCAGCAAGGGCCGCCAACGCCAGUUGUGGUCCCUCCACAUCCGAUGGCGCAACAACAACCACAACAACAGGCGCAGCAGCAGACUCAGCCUCAACCUCCGCAACCACAACCGUGGUCUGGACCGCAGACGAUGGUCAACAAUAGGCAGCCAUUUAUGGGACCUCGACCGCCCUACACGUCGCUUCGUGCCCCAGAUGGGAAACCGUAUCCCAUGCCGCCUAUUCCAGGAAAAGGACCGAUGACGGGUCCACCUGGAGCGGUCAAUUAUCCACAAGGCAUGCCGCCCGGUCCGCCGGCCAACAUGCCAAUAUUUCCGGCGAAACGCGAGUCGUUUUUCCCUCCAGAUUCCGUCGAAGCUGUGGUGCCCGUAAUGGCUAAACGUCGUCGCCUUUGUCGCGCUGAUAUGGUUCCAGUCGAUGCAUGGAGAGUUUACCUGGCCCUGAAAUCCGGUCUGUUGGCUGAAUCUACCUGGGCCAUUGAUGUGUUGAACGUGUUGCUGUACGACGAUUCCAGCGUCCAUUACUUUAGCCUGGCCUACAUGCCUGGUCUGACGGAAGUUCUCCUGGAACAUUUCCGUCGCUGUCUGUCGCAGAUCUUUACCAUCCUGGAAGACAUGGAAAUUGGUUUCGACCGGAUUGAAGAGUUCAAGAGCAAAUUGAAGCAACGAUCCAUUAAACCAGCCGAUAGUUGCCAGUCGGCCGGCGAAACGGCCACCGAAGAGGACGAAGACGCCUGGUGGAAUUGGCCCAAACGGAAAGCAGAGCCUGACGGCCUGGACGUUGCUGAUUUGGGGGCUGUCAAGUCCUGCGAUUUGGCUGGAGAACGAGUCCGUUACCUCGACGGGCCUGAUUGGUCAAUGAACACGCGACGCGGCGAGAAAGUUGGCGUCGUCUCGAGAGACAAGGAACUGUUCGUCGUAGACGUCAAGAAAGAAUGGGACGUCCAUGAUGGACUUGAAAGUGGCAUGGACCAAUGGCAGAUCGGUGGCGGCGAUACCACUCAACAUAUUGUCUCGCACUUUACGGCGGAAUUGGGCAUCGUCCCCUUUGUUCGUGUUCUCAAGAAAGUGGACAAGAAAGCGGCCGAGCAGGCCGCCAAAGAGGCGGAAACGAACGAAAUGGACUGCCAGGUGGAACUGACCGGCGAGAAAGAGGCGCCAGCGCAAGAGCUGUCAAAUGCAACACCAAAUGUAUCAUCGGCCCCGACUAAAAACUGUCUGAUGAGUAAGCCCAGUCGCAGUUUGGCUGAUGUUCUCAAGAGAAUCAAGAAGGAAGACGUUGCCGUUGACCAAGAGAUGAUUGCAGAGCCGCCGCAGCCGGAAGUGACUAACGAAGCAGUCAAACUUGUUGUCCCAUCCGAAAGUCGAUUGGACGAGACCGAGAUCAAGAAAGAAUCGACCACGGAACCGAUUGCGGAACGACCGGUUGUGAAACUGCCUGCCCGGCAGCCCGAGUCUUCGUCGACGGUAAUGGUCCUUCCAAGUGGGAACCGUCUCGUAAUCCGCGAUCCCCACGGGACGUUAAAGCGGCGUAAAAUGGAUGAAUAUGAAGACGAGUGUUACACGCGUGAUGAGAGCAGUCUCUAUUUAGUAGACGAUAGCCAAGACGCGCUGGCCAGACGUGCCCUGGCCCUAUCCAAUAUAUUCCGGAGCCUGAGCUUUGUGCCAAGUAACGAGACGGAGCUGGCCAAGAAUUCGACACUGCUGGUCAUUGUUGGCAAAAUCCUCUUGCUACACCACGACCAUCCGCUGCGGUCUUCACACCAGAAGAAUUACGAUCGAGAAGAGGAUGUGGACUUUGCUUCGGUCGACUCGUUGGGCGCCAGCGGUUCGGCUUCCAGCAAAUGCGAAACGGACUGGUGGUGGGACACGUUGCUGGCCCUGCGCGAAAACGUCCUCGUACUCAUGUCCAACAUAGCCGGUCAACUGGAUUUGUCCAUCUAUUCCGAAGAGAUCGUUCGGCCAGUGAUUGACGGUCUACUCCAUUGGGCCAUCUGCCCGUCUGCUCAGUCGCAAGAUCCUUUCAGUUCAUUUGGUCCUCACUCGACGUCGUUGUUGUCUCCACAGCGGCUCAGUUUGGAAACCUUGAGUAAAUUGAUGGUGAUGGACUGCAACAUGGACUUGAUCCUGGCCACUCCGCCGUUUUUGCGACUGGAGAAGUUGGUCCACUUCCUGACGCGGUCUCUCUGCCGCACUGAGGACCAGGUGCUUCGAGAAUUUGCCGUGAACUUGCUUUACUACUUAUCCGCUGCCGAUUCCGGCAUGGCCCGGCUCAUCGCCCUGCACAACAACAGUCUGGCCUUGUUGGUGUCGUUCGUCGAACAGGCCGAGGCUAAUGCGCUGGCUGUGGCCAGCCAGCACGGCAUCCAAGCGCUGCGCGAGAAUCCAGAGUCGAUGGGCACCAGCCUGGACAUGUUGCGCCGAGCGGCGUCCACGGUGUUCCACAUCUCCCGGCACCCCGAGUCUCGCCCGUUGCUGGCCAAACUCGAGCAACGGCUAUUGGCUUUAGUGAUGUCGCAAAUCAUGGACCAGAGUGUAGCCGCUCUCCUCUCCAAAAGUCUCUACCUCUGCAACAGUGAUGACGAAUGAGUUACACACAGAUUGACCCGGCAAUUACGACUAAAUCGAAUGGCGACUACGACAUAAGACAUAAGACAAAGAUAAUGAUGAGUGGAAUCGAGUCUUUGUUUCAGUUUUUUUUUAAUUAAUUAAAAUAUUAUAUUAUUGAUACAAAAAAAAGCGAACGGAAAUCUCACCAGCAUUGGCUAUCAUUCCUUGUAAUAUUUUCGCCCGCCUCUAUAUCCCCCUUCCUUUUUACACAGCCCAUCACCACACCACCUUCACCUCCCCCCUCUCACCUUAAAAAAAUUUUUGUUUGUUUGUUUGUUGGUUUGUUUUUUUCUUCCUUUUGGUUCUCGUCAUUCUUUGGGAAAUUCUCUCUGAACGUGUUGAAAAUGAGAGAGAAAGAGAAAAGAAAGAAGAAAAAAACGCUGUGAAAGUUUCUUAGUGUGUCUGUGUGUGUGUGAAGCCGUUACCAUGCUGAUUGGCUUAAAUACUGCGAUCAUGUGACUGCUGAAAAUACAAAAACUCUGCUCUACAA